GCCCCACAGAGCGCUGAUGGGAGGAUCCCUGACCCGAGUACGUGCCAGACGUGGGAUUUAUGGAUCAUGACUGAGAUUUUAACAACUUUACAGCAGUUAACGUAAAGCGAAAGCGCACGUGUGUGGUGUGUUGUUUUUUUUUCUUCCGAGGAUCAUCCUGAGAUUUGUAUCAGCUGAGUGGCGUGAACAUGGAGCUGGACCGGAGGCUGUUGCUGGCGCACUGCGCUGCCCACGCCCUGUCUGUAGCGGCGGGCCUGCUGGUGGUGGUGCCGUUAGCGCUGAACGGCUCGGCGUUUAAAGGCCGCUGCGCGCUCUUCACUCAGGGCUUCUGGCGCUCCGAGAACCAGAGCGCGAGCGGCGCGGGAACGCACCUGGUGGUGCAGCAGUGGGGGCCGCCGGCGGCCUGUCAGUUCGCCACGUUCGUCGGUGUGUUCACGGUGCUGUACGGAGCCACGCAGAGCUGGAGGAGUUUAUUCUAUCUCCACCGCCGACACGACGAUACGUUGUUCUCAGCCUUUCUCACUCUGCUGCUGAGCCUGUGUGUGCUCUUCCUUUCCGGAGGAGCAAGUGUGAUUCUGACCCUCGGCCUUGUGUCCUGGUGCAACACCAUCACUGAUAAUAACACCCGACCGUACAGCUGUGCCGAGUCACAAUCUGUACCGCUCUACUUGGACGUGGAAACCUCGUCCUUCUACUCAGAGCUCACCUGUGCACAGAUCUCUCUGUGGUGUGUAACAGCUCUAUGGUUGGUUCACUCCAUUCUGUCCUUCCUGAGACUCUACCACUCUCACAGUCAGCAGAUCAGCGGACCGUGUCUGUCCCGAGAGAAGGAGCUCCUGCUGGGCCAGCCUCAUGUAGAUUGUCCCAUGCUGUGCCAACAUCCUCACCCUCCACAACCACCUGCCGUCUUUAUUUAAUCCCUUAACUGCACUUUUUUAUGUUUAUCCACAAAUCAUAAGCUUUUUUCUCCUAGCGUUUGUUAGACUAGGCUUGUGGUAGUGGGAGCGUAAAAAAAAGAACAUCUUUUAGAUGGCGUGUCCUCUGUUACAUUGCACUACAAUCCUGUUCAUGCAUGUCUGUGAAAGAAACGACGAAGACGAGCAGAAAAGAAUGAGAAAUAUCACUAUGAAUAAGCUAUACAUAUUGUUUACAAGAUAUUGCUUUAGUCCUUGAUUAUUGUACUAAUAAUAAUAGUGUUUAUAAUAACCUUUGUGUUGUUUCAGCUAGACACAUGGUUAGACCAUCAAAUACUGUAUGUUUUAAACAGCGUUUUUAGUAUCCUAGAGCAAAUGUCAUUUAAUGACGUGCAUCGUUCAUUCACUCGCAGAAAGAUUACUCUUUCGAGAGCCAAGUGAAUGCAAGAUGAUGUAAAGUGAAUGGGAAGGAAGACUAGCAUGUUGUUGCAUGUGUAGUUCAGACCCAUGCUGCUUUACAGCAAACCCGCAGUGAUGUGCAUGCUUCUGUUGCAUGCUGCUGAGUAAAUGGUCGUGUGUUGUUUAAACACUCUCUCUCCCUCCCACAUGAAGGUUUCUUAUGUGAUGCUGUGUGUGUAGAUGCAGCUGUGAGGAAAACAGCCAAUGCAGAGGUGCCAACAUUUAUGGUUUAGUUGUUACAGAAGCAGUUAAUUGAAGGGGAAAGGACUUGAGAGCAAUGCAUGUGUUGCUGAUGGAUUUUUUUUUUAAUUCGGACCCAUGAGACUGUAGCAUCUUGGUUAAUCAUAGAAGAGUUGCAGAUUAUUUUAAAAAUCGAUCAGAGACAUAUGCUCAGAUGAGUCUUUUUCAUCAUUAUCAAUGUUGGCACCUUUUGGACUUCCGUUUGGGCUCCUGGUUGUAAUUCAGAAUCUGAUAUCAGUCAGUGAGGAGCAUGAAAAAAACUAAUUUAAUGAAUGUGCAUCAUGCUUUUGACCCUUGACCUCCCUGACCUGAGUGGCUGUAGUGACACGCACACAGCUGAGAGAGAAACUGGAGGUAAUGGAAGAGACAUAUAUGUGAAUAUGAUUAUUGUCAAUGUUCAUGUUUUAUAACUCUGUUUGUACCACUGUUGUAUCUCUCCUUAAUUUCAUAUCAACUUGUGAGUAGUAAAAUCGUGUGUAAAAUC